GCCCCUUCCUAUAAUCUCAAUUUCCCUCUUUUCCCUUACCGCCGGUCCUUGUUUUCUUUUCAUUCGUUUUAUUUUCUUUCUUCUGCCCAGGUUGCUUUAUCAUCACCGCCGAUAGGUUGCUUUAUCAUCACCGCCGGUAGGUUGCUUUAUCAUCAUCGCGGGUUACGUUGCUUUAUUAUCAUCGCCGGUUAGGUUGCUUCGUUCUGGAAAUUUGCAAUUACUGUAACGGUCAUUCCGCCUCAUAGAGCCAAACCUUGUUGCCCGCACAACUGAGUAUCACCGGAGAAAUCUCAUGGGAGGUCCCUUUCCAGUAUGCCUCUGGAAGGGUUCGACUUCGGUUCAAUUUUUGGAUGUGCUGUGAAAUGCAGUGGGAUAUGUGCAGAUCCCGAUGGGUGUUGCAGGGUUGUUGUUGCUCAAAGUUGUUUGACUGCAAGUACAAAUAGAGGCUGCAAAGCCAUAUAUGUUUCUGAGGGAGCUAGUUGUGUUCUUCUCAGAGAUGGGAUGACAAGAGCCCCUGUUGUGAGGUUCAAGUCGGCUAGGGGGGCGGCAGAUUUGAAUUUUUUCUUGGAGGAUCGUCUCAAUUUUGAGACCUUGAUAAUGGUUUUAACAAAUCGAGCAGAUUUGCUGGACUUCAAACCAUUAAGUGCUCUAUUGUGGGGGAAAAUCUUUACAUUAGAUUUAGCUGCAUCACGGGAGAUGCAAUGGGGAUGAAUAUGGUGUUAAAAGAGUUCAGAAUGUACUGGACUUUCUUCUUAAUGAGUUCUCAGACAUGCAUGUUACUGGAAUAUCAGAUUCUAGCAGCACAAAUGAGAAUAAGGAGGAGUUUCUAAUUAUGAGAGUAGAAAAUGUGCUAUACUAUGACAUACACCUUUCUUUGUUCAUAUCUUAGAAGUUUUUUGUUAUGUGCUUUUAUGUU